UUUGAUUGGAAAACACACAAGCGGCGGACCAAUCCAUUUAAUCGUUACUUUUGAAGCACGGGAAACUACUUCCGUUCAAAAUGGCGAUGUUGGCUGAACCUCGACGUAAACAAAAAAUAUCGAUAAAUCCUCAAGGGACAAAUUGGAGUAAUGAUGGCAGCAAGUUUGGCCAGAAAAUGUUGGAGAGAAUGGGUUGGUCAAAGGGAAAGGGCCUGGGAGCUAAUGAAGAUGGCAGAGUUGAAAAUGUGAAAGUCAGCUUUAAAAAUGACCAGAAGGGAGUUGGGGCUACCAAGAACCAGGCAGAUAACUGGAUAGCUCACCAGGAUGACUUCAACAGCUUGCUAGAAACACUGAAUGAGGGUCACGGAGGAGGGGAGGUCGACUCCCCCACCACUCACCAGGUGGCCAACCUGGAGAAGAAGUCCCAGUCGUCACGAAGCAGAGUGCAUUAUGGCAAGUUCACUAAAGGCAAAGACUUAUCUUCAAGAUCACAUGAAGAUCUCAAAUGUAUAUUUGGUAAACGGGCAGUCAAACCUACCUCUGGAAAGGACUCUCCAGCACUGGAAUCAGCAGAAUCCUCAGGGUCCGAAGACUCCAAGGCUGACACGUCACAUGGCUUCAAUACCAUAAAUAGCACCUCUACCAUGCAAGAAUACUUUGCUAAAAAGAUGGCUGCCCUGAAGGGUCAGAGGUCAUCACCAUCAAGGGAAAAUAACUCUGUACUAGUAUCAGAUAAUAUAGAACAGCCAUCAGAUAAUAUAGAACAGCCAUCAGAGUCAGCAGCUGACACUCACAGUAGGAAGAAAAAUAAGAAAAAGUCAAAACGAAAAAAUAAGGACAUAGAAGAAACUGAGAAAAAUAAUACAGACAUGCAUAUAGAACCAGAUAAUAUAGGCAGUUGUGACGUUGAGCCUCAGAAGAAGAAAAGUAAAAAGUGUAAAAGGAAACACUCAGAGACUGCAGACUUGGCUGGUGAUGAGGAGCAAGUUGUGGACAACACAGAUGGUGGUGAGGAGGAGCAAACACAGAAGAAGAAGGCCAAGAAGAGGAAAAGGGAGGACGAAGAGAAUGAGAAAGAAGUAAAGGAACAGGUGACUCAGAAAAGCAAGAAGAAGAAGAAGAAAAAGAAGAAGUCAGCAGCUAGUGUAGAGAGCAGUGAGCUUGGAGGACACAGGAGGAAGAAUGGAAGCAAGUUGUCAAACAGGAGACCCGGGCUGCGGCCACAGAAACUCCCUCAUCUAGUGCAGAGUGCUUGUGCCUCCUUCAGAGGUGCCAAUGUGGCAUCUAUUGACGGAUAUAAUAAAUCAUCACACUCAGUUUCAGAGUUGCUGAAGAGAAUUGAAAGUAAACAUAACUUGGUAUUGUGGCAAAUGAAGGCAAAGAAACAAGAUAAACAACUCUGAAUGCAACAAAUGAUGAACAUGGCCAUGACCAGUUUGAACACUGACAAUGAAGAAUGGGCAUUAAGGACACUUUCUGUAUUGUCAUGACAACAGUGUUGUGAAGGUAAUAUUGAUGUACCAUCACUGUGUUGCUAGGCAGAGCUGACUGAAGGGCUUUCAAGGAAACUACAAUGAGGCCACAAUUCUGAGGAUGACAGCAUCUCCACAAGAAGACAUCAAGUAGCGAAACUCUUCCCCUUUCUUACUGUACGUGCUGUAUGUGACAUAGAAAUAUAACUAUUAUGACAAAACAGGUGUCAGAAAGAUGUGAUAUUAUGCUGUUGAUGGAUUGUUGAUUAAAAAUGUAUUUACA